AUGGGCCUGGAGCUGUAUAUGGACUUGCUGUCAGCACCUUGCCGCGCCGUCUACAUCUUUGCCAAGAAGAAUGGCAUCCCCUUUGACUUCCAAUUUGUGGAUCUCCUAAAAGGUCACCACCAUAGCAAGGAAUACAUCGAAAUCAACCCCCUGAGGAAGGUCCCCAGCCUCAGAGACGGAAAGUUCGUCUUGUGUGAAAGUGUGGCCAUCCUCUUCUACCUAUGCCGCAAGUACAGCGCACCUUCCCACUGGUACCCACCAGACCUACACAUGCGCGCCCGUGUGGACGAGUUCAUGGCCUGGCAGCAUACAGCCAUUCAGCUGCCCAUGAGCAAGAUACUGUGGAUCAAGUUGCUAAUCCCGAUGAUCACGGGUGAGGAGGUUCCUGCUGAGAAGGUGGACCAGGCAGUCGAUGAGGUGAGGAGAAACCUACAGCAAUUUGAGGAGAAGUUUCUGCAGGACAAGAUGUUUAUCAUUGGAGACCACAUCUCCCUGGCUGACUUGGUGGCCCUGGUGGAGAUGAUGCAGCCGAUUGGGGGUGACCACAACGUCUUCAUCAGCUCCAAACUUGCCGAAUGGCGGAUGCGGGUGGAGUUAGCCAUUGGUUCUGCCCUCUUCUGGGAGGCUCAUGACCGACUGGUGAAGUUACCCAGCUGGGACUGCUCGACGCUGGACCCCAUGGUCAAGACCAGGAUUGGUGAAUUUCUGAAGACAUAUAAGUGACCUCAGAGGCUGUUCAUUCUGCAGGGUCUGGCUGUCUCUGCCUUCUGAGUCUCUUCCCUUAGGGAAGACACUAAGAAACACUCUCUUCCUUUACCUAAUUAAAAAAAAAAAACCUGGAACAGUCACCAAUGCUGUUAUGAGGACAGUAGGUGUGAGCAAAGAGAAUGGUAUGGGAGGAGGUGAUCAUCACAAGUCUUCUUGGUUUCUAAAAAGAAUAUAAGAGGCUGGGGAGAUGACUCAGAGGGUAAAGUGCUUCUGCCUAUCUUAGUUAGGGUUUCUGUUGCUGUGAAGAGACACCAUGACCAUAGCAACUCUUAUAAAUGAAAACAUUUAAUUGGGGUGGUGGUUUACAUUGUCAGGGGUUCAAUCCAUUAUCAUCAUGGUGGGACCUAGUGGUAUGCAGGCAGACAUGGUGUUGGCUACAUCUCCAUCAAAAGGCAACAGGAAGUGCACUGUGACACUGGGUGGUAUCUUGAGCACAGGAAAUUGCAAAGCCCACCCACACAAUGACACACUUCCUCCAACAAGUCACAUCUCCUAAUAGUGCCACUCGCUGUGAGCUCAAGGGAGCCAAUUACAUUCAAACUACUUCACUGUCUUAGCUCACAUUUCUACCACCCACACUAAAACCAGGUACAAGUACCAUCCCCAGAGCUCACUAAGUAGCCAGUUCAGCAGAAAUGGCAAGCCCCAGGUUCAACAGCAAAAAUGUUAGCUGAAAAACAAGGGGGAAAGCAAAAGACGAAGCCAUCCAACCUCAGCAGAUGGUCUCUGUAGGAGCACCUACCUGUUUAGUUAAAAGUGUCACCUCAGCUUCCUAACACCCCUUUAUACAAAGAGUCUGAAAUGCUUAGUUGGGGGCUUCACUCCAACCCCUGGCAUCCAUUUUGAGCCACCUCCCCUGGGAGUUGCCUCAGUCCAAACUCCACCUCCAAGAAAGGCUGCCAAACGGUGACCCCUCACAGGAAGGGUCAAGACCACUCCCACAGGCUAUUUAAACUGCCUCCCAAAGAAUUAACACGUGGUCUCCCCUUUUCCCUCUUCAGUGGUCGUUCUGAUUCUCCUCUUUCUCUCUCUGUGUUUUUCUGGAGGCCGCUGCCAUCCAUUAAACCUGGGCAUCUUCUAAUUUGGUCUGGUUUGGUCUGAUUGGGAUAAUUUGCAUCAGCGGACCCCCUCCCCACCGCUGGUCCUCAAGAAGCCUGCCAGUGGGAUGAAAAUGUGCAUUGGAUUCCAGAUCUCACCUUUCCAUGUGCCCACAGGCAUAGAGCUUAACCUGGGCCUCAGGUAUCCCAUAAGUAAAGAAAUACAGUACCCAAGAGGCUCAGUCUUGUUUUGCCACCACGAGAUUGUUAUUCCAGUAAGGAAUUUGGUCUUGCUAGGAUGGUGGCUUGUAGGCAGAGUUCUCCCAUUCUGGGAGCCACUUCCAAAUUACUACACAGAGACUUAUAGUAAUUGUACUAACUAGCUCUUGCAUUUUAAGUUAACCCAUAUUUCUUAUAUAUGUUCUGCUCUGUGGCAUGUACCUUUAAUAGAAUAGGACAUUCAUCUCCUGCUUCCUCUGCUACUGGCUGGUGACUCCUCUAACUCUGCCCUUUCUCAUCCAAUCAUUCUCAGUUUGACUUUCCCACCUAAUUUUAUCCUGUUCUGCUAUUGGCCAGUCAGCUUGUUUAUUGAACCAAUUAUAGAGACAUAUAUUCACACAGAGUACAGGACUAUUCCACAGCAUUGGCUUGACUUCAUCUCACCUUCCUAAGAUGUUUUCUUGUUUAUCUGAGCAUGUGCCAUGUGUAUGCAGGUAUCCACAGAGGCUGGAAGAGGAUGUUAGAUCUCCUGGACCUGGAGUAGUAUGUAAUUGUGAGCUCCCUUAGGGUUGUUUACAGAAACAUGGGUAAGGGUUUGUGAAAAGACACACGGGCACUGUCUCAGUCAUUGUUCUAUUGCUGUGAAGAGACAUCAUGACCACAGCAAUUCUUAUAAAGGAAGAUCAGCUUGCCUUGGCGGAUGGGGGAGGCAGUGGG